GUCCAGUUCGAAUUCCGGGUUCUUAACUUUGACCCUCAUUUUCGUCUUCCGUAAAAUGGGGAAGGCGAAUAAUAAUCUAUUUCUAAAACUGUUGAGACGUAGAAAUAGGUUUUGUGAGAGUAACCAACACAGAAAUGUCGGUCCCCACAAGGAGGUGGGACGAAGCCCAGGUUAAACCCAGAUCUCCCGGGGGCUCCCGGGCCAGCUUGUCUGCCUUCAGUUGCUUACUCGUUAACUCCAUCGCCAACACCCGCGUGGUACCCCGCAGUUUGUCAAGUGGUUUUGGCGUUGCAACCUCGGUGGACUGUCUGUUAAACGGGGACGACCCUAUUUGAUACGGUCAUCAUGAAGUUGUAAAAACCUCAACAAAGAGCCGGAACUGAAGCUACAAGAUGGCUGACCAGGACCCAGGGGGCAUUAGCCCCCUCCAACAAAUGGUGGCAUCUGGUGCGGGGGCUGUGGUCACCUCCCUCUUCAUGACCCCCCUGGAUGUGGUGAAGGUACGCUUGCAGUCUCAGCGCCCCUCAAUGGCCAGUGAGCUGAUGCCUCCCUCCAGACUCUGGAGCCUCUCCUAUGCCAAAUUGCCCUCCUCUCUCCGAUCCACAGGGAAGUGCCUCCUGUACUGCAGUGGUGUCCUAGAGCCCCUCUACCUGUGCCCAAACAGUGCCUGCUGUGCCACCUGGUUUCAGGACCCCACUCGCUUCACUGGUACCAUGGAUGCUUUUGUGAAGAUUGUGCGACAUGAGGGCACCAGGACCCUGUGGAGCGGCCUCCCAGCCACGCUGGUGAUGACUGUGCCAGCCACUGCCGUCUACUUCACCGCCUACGACCAACUCAAGGCCUUCCUGUGUGAUCGAGCCCUGACCUCUGACCUCUACGCUCCCAUGGUGGCUGGCGCACUGGCCCGCCUGGGCACCGUGACUGUGAUCAGCCCCCUGGAGCUGGUGCGGACAAAGCUGCAGGCUCAGCACCUGUCAUACCGGGAGCUGGGCACCUGUGUCCGAGCGGCUGUGGCUCAGGGUGGCUGGCGCUCACUCUGGCUGGGCUGGGGUCCCACUGCCCUUCGGGAUGUGCCCUUCUCAGCUCUGUACUGGUUCAACUAUGAGCUGGUGAAGAGCUGGUUGAGCAGGCUCAGGCCAAAGGACCAGACCUCCGUGGGCAUCAGCUUUGUCGCUGGCGGCAUCUCAGGGAUGGUGGCAGCCACCCUGACUCUACCCUUCGACGUGGUGAAGACUCAACGCCAGAUCGCACUAGGAGCAGUGGAGGCUGUGAGAGUGAUGCCCCCGCACGCCGACUCUACUUGGCUGCUGCUACGGAGGAUCCUGGCCGAGUCAGGCACCAGGGGCCUCUUUGCAGGCUUCCUCCCGAGGAUCAUUAAGGCCGCCCCUUCCUGCGCCAUCAUGAUCAGCACUUAUGAGUUCGGCAAAAGCUUCUUCCAGAGGCUCAACAGGGAACAGCUUCUGAGCCCUUGAAAGCGAGGGGACAAGGACCCCACCUCUUCUGUGGACAGGGUGGGGCAGGAGGAGACUGAGCCAAGUGCCUUUUCCUUCAGCACUGAGGGGAGGGGCCUCAUUUCUCUUUCCUCCCCACUCAGCCCUAGGGGUGGGAGGAAUGCCCCUCUGCACCCACCCAGAGCUCCUCCCCCCAAACCCCCUGACUACUUCCUGCUGUUCCCCAUUCCCCAGCCCCGAGAAUCAUCACUCUCUUCCCUCAAGUUCAAGACCAAAUCUGCUCACUUCUCCCCUCAUUUCCCUGUGGGUUUGCUGUAAGUGAGCCUGUCUCUAGGAGCCACAAAACCCUGGGCCUGGCCUAGUCUGUACCCACCCCUGUUAAUUUGUUGAGUCUAAAGAUGAUAAACCUCUUUCCAGUG